AUGCCAAAACAGCUGUUUACAGUCCCGGUGCCAUCAUCCACUGACGGCGGCAAUUUCUCCUGCACCGUCCCGUCUGGCAGGGAGGAAGACAAAAACAUAUAUCUACUCACCUUCACCUCGCCAGCUGAGAACCGACUCACACCGGAAUUCAUUGAAGCGUUCUUACUGUCCCUCGACAUCAUCGAACAUGGCUUCCCGAAGGGCGUGCUGAUUACGACAAGCGGAAUUCAGAAAUUCUUCAGCAAUGGACUGGACCUUCAAAGAGCGCUAUCCUUCCCGGGAUUUCUCGAAAAUUAUUUGUACAAACUGUUUCGAAGGCUGUUGACAUACCCCAUGCCAACAAUCGCCCUUGUAAAUGGCCAUGCAUUUGCCGGCGGCUUCAUGACAGCAAUGUACCACGACUACCGAGUCCAGAAUCCCAAAAAGGGCUUUCUAUGUCUGAAUGAAAUAGCGCUCGGAAUCCCUCUUACGCCGCCAAUGCGCUCCGUAUUCCUCGAGAAGAUCAAAGAUGCCUCUCUGCUGCGUUCUGUAAUCCUUGAGGGCAGAAGGUUCACCGGUCAGCAGGCACUUGACUCAGGAAUUGUUGAUGCUUUGGGUGGAUUGCCAGAGACUAUUCAAUUGGUUCAUGAGCGAGGGCUGUUGCAGAUCGUCAAAUCCCCCGCGUUUGUGGCGUUGAAGGAGAGAAUGUGGAGUCGAGUUUUGGAUUCUAUUGACAAUCUGUCAGAAAAUGAUGCUUCUGAUGAACGGCGUCAUCAGAGAACGGAGUCCCUUUCAGCUGAAGGGAAGACUAGAGCAGAGCAGUGGGAUGGGAGGAAAGAAUCCAAGCUAUGA